CUCGGCACAACAUAAAGAAGACGCCCAACACCGCUGGUUACAUUCUCAUCGUCUCACACACGCGACUAUCUUCCAAAUUCAACCUUCAAAUAUUCCAGACAUCAUCACUAACAUACCUCAUUACCCACAACCAACCAAUCACACCUUAACCCUCAAUCUCAAUCUCAAAUCUCAAGCUUCAUCACCCUUAUCAAUCAUCUCCAAAUCCCCAAAAGGCCCGUGCACCCCAAUCCAACCCACUCCGUCACUACCAUACAACAAAACUACCGUACCCCAUAUAUCCUUACACCUUAAACAACCUCACUACCCGAUGACCUCCCUCCUCCAUUCCCGCUGGGCACCAGGCAACAGCGACCCCUACGAUCCCUACAACCAACAUGACACCCACUCCUCCAGCAACGGCACUCACCACCACCGCCCUCGUCCCCGAAGCAAAUCCAAACGCAAAUCCAACUCACCACGCACCCACAGCGUCCCCGCAUCCCCAGCAAGACCCUCAUACACACAAUCACACUCCCCCUCACAAUCCACCCUCCUCCCCCCAGCCGAAGAACUAGCCCGCUUCAUGAAAAUCGUCUCCCGUCUCCGCUGGAAACUCCCCUUCCUCGCCGAAGCCUACCGCCUCGCAACGUCCCACGGAAACCCAGAGGCAGAAAUCAUGUUUAAAAUCGAUUUCUUCGAAUACUACGCCCUCCUCGAACGUGCGAUUGUCCAUUUGCUCGCCGUUUUCAAUAUCACCGUCUCCUCGGCGCGCGGGCGCGCCUACAACAAUGCAGGUCUGCAUCGAUACCAUGCGAAUGUGCUCGCUGCGCUCGAGGAAGAGACCAGCCCGUUAACGCCCGUGCUGGGCAGUGGUCGUGCCUUUGAACAACUGCGGCAAGCGAAGGAGUUGCGCAAUCGGUGGAAGACGGCUGAUAUGACGAGGGAUCAGGUGUCGAGGGAUCCGGUGGGUGAUCGGGAUGUUGUGAGACCCUUGGAGAGUUAUGAUUUGGAGGGGAUUUUGAGUGCCAUUUUUGCGGGGUUAGAGGAGGGGUUUGUGAGGGCCAGGGAACAUGUUGCAUUGUGUAGGAGGGUUGGGGAGGAUGUAGAGGAUGGGGGAAGGGAGGAGGGGUGGGAGUUUAUGGUUGAUGCGAUGGAUUGGGAGGCUGUUUGAGUGUUUGCCAGACAGGGGGAGGAGAAGAGAUGCCAUGGUUGGUAUUAUAUGGUCUUCUUCUUUCUCCUUUGGGACGGGUUUGCGUAAAUUCUGGUGUUCUUUUAGGCUGGUCCGAGGCCUAUGAUGUGAACAUGUAAUUCAUUGUAGUGAGUCGAUUUAGCUAGUGACUUUGAUAGCGAAUACCCAGUGAGUGCUUGAUUUUUUCCAUUACUUCCCCUGGGGU